GGGGACCUCCCGGAGGCCGUGGUGUUUUGAGGAGGGCGUUUGGUCUUGUGUGGAAGGGCUGGAGGAAGCUUCCCUGCCAGGGGCGGGGGGUGAUUUCGUUCGUGGCAAAAACCUUUGUCCGAGGAGAAAAUGAGUUUAGCUCUGAGAAAUGAGCUUGCAGUAGACAAAACAAAAAGAAAAAAAAGACGAGAGCUGUCUGAAGAACAGAAGCAAGAAAUAAAAGAUGCUUUUGAAUUAUUUGAUACAGACAAAGAUGAAGCAAUAGACUAUCAUGAAUUGAAGGUGGCAAUGAGAGCCUUGGGGUUUGAUGUGAAAAAAGCAGAUGUACUAAAGAUUCUUAAAGAUUAUGACCGAGAAUCCACAGGAAAAAUCACCUUUGAAGAUUUUAAUGAAGUUGUGACGGACUGGAUUUUGGACAGAGAUCCACAGGAAGAAAUACUGAAGGCAUUUAAAUUAUUUGAUGAUGAUGAUUCAGGCAAAAUAAGCUUGAGAAACUUGCGCCGGGUUGCUCGAGAGUUGGGUGAAAACAUGAGUGAUGAAGAGCUUCGAGCCAUGAUAGAAGAAUUUGAUAAAGAUGGUGAUGGAGAAAUAAAUCAGGAGGAGUUCAUCGCUAUUAUGACUGGAGACAUUUAGAGAAUUGCAAGAAAAACAUAAACUUAAAAACAGGAUCAGUGACUGUAUGUGUUGGAGUUUUCACCUUGUAAUCUGUUUCAUAUCUGGAGCCAUGCAAAAAAACCAACGCCAAGUUACUUUUUCUAAAAGGACCAAAUAAAAACUUUAUUGUAAUGAAAUUUCAUUAUUUUAUAUAUCCUUAAGUUUAUUAGAUGACAAAAAUGUUAAGUUAUUAAAAUGUUUGAGUACUAGCCCAUUUGUAUUAUAAUUUUAUAUGCAGUUUUAAAACUAAAUCAUGUUAGGAAAUUCUUUUGAAGUUGUUUAUUUUAGUUGUGACCUUAGUUUUAAUGUAAAAAAUUUCCAGACUUUCAUUUUAAUAAAGGUUUAUUUUAUUAGUAUUUAUUACUUGUUUUGAUUUCUGUUUAAGACCAAAGAAUAUUUUUUAAGAAUUAUGUUUGAAUUUACGCUUUAUUCCUGUAUCCUUCAUCCAAAUGUUUAAAUUUUAAAUCUUUUGUUGGUGAUUGGCUAUUAGCUUUUAGUAUCUUGUGGGUACAUUAUUAAAUGUUUGUUGCUAACAAAUUAUCUUUGAACUAAAAUAUCUUAUGUCCAUAUGUGUCUACAAUUUAAAAUGUGGUAGAGUUUUAUUUUUAUAUUCAUUUGAUGUAAUUUUUGUCACAGUUGUAUGGCCUCUGGCAAAGAUAACUUCCCCUCUGUAUGCUUGAUCUGGUCCAGCUUGGUUUCCCAUCCUUGUUCUCUCUAGUGCCAUUACUACUUCUGUAAUCACAUGAAGGACUGAUGUUAGUGUCUAAGCACAGUAUCUUCGCUGUUGUUACUGCUGAAAAGUUUAUUUAAAAAAACCCCUUUUUACAGAACUUCUCCAUAUUUUAUCUGUUUGUUGUCUUUACAGUUUCAUCCUUAAAUGCCCUUGUUUUGAUUUUGUUUAGUUGGUUCCUAAACCAAACUUUCUGUUUUUUCCCUUCUUUGCUUUCUCUGUUUCAUGAAGUGAUACUACAUAAAAAUUUUUCACUAUCUUUCUCCAUUAGAUUUUACAAACAAUCUUUUAUUCUAAGCUCUUGUUGUUCUUGGAUAUCAUAUUUCUCUACUUGGAAAGUAAAGCGUUUGCUGACUAAGGCAGACCUUAAUUUUUUUGCUUACCUUGCUGUGGCUGCUGAUUUACAUUGGUUAAAUUCUCUAUGAAAUUAUUUUAAUCAGUGUUAAUGUCCUUGUCCUCAUUCAGUUUCCAUUUUACUGCCAAUAACUUGACUAAAUUGAUUAGCUUGAAAUUAUUUACAUGCUGUAUUUUUUUCAUUUUUAUUCUAGCUUUUGUGAUAAUUUUGAAGUGUACUUUAACAAGUCAGUGGUUACUUUUAUAUCUGUAAUGAUUUGUUUCUCUGUUAAAAUAUAAUUAGUUUAAUUCUUUGUGAUC